AUGACUACUAGUACAUUAGGAGCUACCAAUAUGGGUUAUAACAGAGAUUAUAUAAACAAACAUGAUGCUGAACGCUAUCUUGCAUACGAGUCGCGUGGUGAUGCAACACAAGUUAACUCAAGGGAAAAUUUGCGUACUGAGAGAACUUCACCUAGGGAUACCGUGAAGAAGAAUAAACCUGUCAAUUUAACUUUCGAUCCUUUUACAAAAUCAACUGAAGAUUUACAUAUUAAUCCGAAGACUCCAGAAGUGAAGCCAAUCGAUUAUCAAGAAAUGGAGUCCGCUCCAACGAUCAACGGUAAAACCAUUCAGUUCAGUCUGCCUAAGAAUAUUGCUAAUGAAAGAUACAGCUUUCUCUAUCACCCGCAACUAUCUUCCAGCCAACGUUAUAAAUUAUGGAGUAUUGCUACAAUGUAUAAUGUUCAGCCUCUUCGUGAUACGAAACGAAAAUUAUAUGAACAGCAAAAAAACCUAUCACUUAAAGAGAUUGAAAUAAAGAAGAAGAUGUUACUUCAGAUUGAAGAAAGGCAGGGAGUACAUAAAUCAACUUCUACUAUACCCAGCAGGAUUGUAUCAGCACAAGUUACAGGCCAUAGAAGAGCCGAAACGUUACCUAAACCUAGGAGACCGCAUACAAGUCCGCCACGAACUUCGACUUCUCGUCAGCAAGAUAGCAUGAAAAAAUUUAUGCAGCGUCUAAAUUCUGCAAGAUCGAAUGAAUUUAGACAAAAUAUUGCCGCAGCGGCUAAAGAGACAAACAGGAGAGAAUUACCAGAUAUCAAUGAUAGCGGUUCUAUGCUUUCUGCUCGCAAUCGCAGUGACAUCACUUUAUCUCAGCGAAGUCGUGCAAACUCGUAUAGGAAUCGAAAUGGAUCAUACAUGCAGAGAGACAGAUCCGCUUCGCAGAGAAAUCGAUCAAAACAGGCUGACGACUCUACUAAAAAAUCAGAAAAUAAUGAAGACACAAUAUCACAAAAUCUUGACGUUUUAGCCGAAUAUCGUGCACCAGAUGCUCCAUGGGCGUCUGCCGAUACCGUCAGUAUUGCGGAAAGUAUGUCAUUAGGAGGAGAUAGAGUUUUAUCUCAUUUUGCUGAUACAUUGUCUUUGGGCGGUGAUCGUGUUAUUGGUAAUCAGGACAGCAUAUCCCUGACAGGAGAUUUACCUACCGGCAGAGGAAUGCAUAGCGAAACUGUAAGCAGAGACCAAGAAACUGAUGUAACUGCUGCUGGUCACUCAACUUCGGUCGAAAACAGAGUAGAUAAGGAAGGUGACGAUAUUAGUAUUGGUACGCCUAGUAUUUCGGAAGGUAUGCUAGAAGAACCUAAAAAAGUAACUCUUGGAUUCACAACGGAAGAAGAGACGAUUCUUGAAGAAGGUGCUACUGAUUUCGAUGUAGUUCGAAAACGACGUGCGCAGACUACGAUCGAGAAUUCUAUUCGUAGAGCUGAUUCAAAUGCUAGCAUGUCUGGUCGAGCAAAGAGCGGCUCGUUUUCCACUAGUAUAAAAAAUUCUCAAAGUAGCACAAGUAUAUCUAGCGAUGAUUCUUUUCAUAAAGCUUUAAGAGCAUCAUCAGAAGAUCCUGGCGAUACUUUUUUUACAAAUCGCCAAGAUGCUAGAGCUGGUGAUGGCUUUUGGGGUAGAAUGGCUCAGGAAAAGAAAGACACACUUAGUGUCUUCGGUAACUCAGAAACAUUAACGUAA